AUGGCUUCUUCUCGAACUUCGGCCACGCAAGCAACCAAAACCCCUAGCAGGACUCCUGAAGACACUGCCUCCCCAGUGGUGAAAAAGCCUCAUAUCUAUUAUGGCAGUUUGGAAGAGAAGGAGAAAGAGCGCCUUGCAAGAGGGGAGUCAGGGAUGUUGGGGAAGGAAGGAAUUAAAGCUGGAAUUGAGGCAGGAAAUAUCAACAUAACUGCUGGGGAAGUUUUUGAAAUUGAAGAACAUAUCAGUGAACGACAAGCAGAAGUACUGGCUGAGUUUGAGCGAAGGAAGCGAGCUCGGCAAAUCAAUGUUUCCACGGAUGACUCUGAAGUAAAGGCUUGUCUUCGAGCCUUGGGCGAACCGAUCACACUCUUUGGAGAGGGCCCUGCUGAAAGGAGAGAAAGAUUGAGAAAUAUUCUCUCUGUAGUUGGCACAGAUGCCUUGAAAAAAACCAAAAAGGAUGAUGAAAAAUCCAAAAAAUCCAAAGAAGAGUAUCAGCAAACCUGGUACCAUGAAGGAUCCAAUAACCUGAAGACUGCUAGGCUGUGGAUUGCUAACUAUUCACUACCUAGGGCAAUGAAGCGCUUGGAAGAAGCCCGGCUCCAUAAAGAGAUUCCAGAGACAUCUAGGACAUCCCAGAAGCAGGAACUGCACAAAUCUCUCCGGUCUUUGAAUAACUUCUGCAGCCAGAUUGGAGAUGAUCGGCCCAUUUCCUAUUGUCAUUUCAGUCCCAAUUCCAAACUACUGGCCACAGCUUGUUGGAGCGGGCUGUGCAAACUCUGGUCUGUCCCUGACUGCAGCCUCCUGCACACCCUAAGAGGCCAUAAUACUAAUGUAGGAGCAAUUGUUUUCCACCCCAAAUCCACUAUUUCCUUGGACAAGAAAGAUGUCAAUCUAGCCUCUUGUGCUGCUGAUGGGUCUGUGAAACUGUGGAGUCUAGAAAGUGAUGAGCCUGUGGCAGAUAUUGAAGGACAUUCAGUACGUGUAGCACGGGUGAUGUGGCAUCCCUCGGGACGUUUUCUGGGCACCACCUGCUAUGACCGUUCUUGGCGCCUAUGGGACUUGGAGGCCCAGGAAGAGAUUCUGCACCAGGAAGGCCAUAGCAUGGGCGUGUAUGACAUUGCCUUCCACCAGGAUGGCUCUUUGGCCGGCACUGGGGGACUGGAUGCAUUCGGUCGAGUAUGGGACCUACGCACAGGACGAUGCAUCAUGUUCCUAGAGGGCCACCUGAAGGAGAUUUAUGGGAUCAGCUUCUCCCCAAAUGGAUAUCACAUAGCAACUGGCAGUGGAGACAAUACAUGCAAAGUGUGGGACCUGAGGCAGCGGCGUUGUGUCUAUACCAUCCCUGCCCACCAGAACUUGGUGACUGGAGUCAAGUUUGAGCCUAUCCAUGGGAACUUCUUGCUCACUGGUGCCUACGACAACACAGCCAAGGUCUGGACGCACCCUGGCUGGUCCCCACUCAAGACCCUGGCUGGCCAUGAAGGAAAAGUGAUGGGCCUGGACAUUUCCUCUGAUGGUCAGCUCAUAGCCACCUGUUCCUAUGACAGGACCUUCAAACUCUGGAUGGCUGAAUAGACCUGGUCCUUGGACAUGAUUCUGUAACUCAGAUGUCUAGUCCCAAACUCUCCCUUUCCUGCCAGUUUGGUCAGAAGAAGGGAGUUGGUGGGGAAUGUCACAAGUUCAACUUUGCCACUCACAGUGUGUGGAAUAGGGGGUAGGUUUGCCCCAAGGCAGCUAGUCCAGUUCCCCAAGUGGUUCUGGGCAAUUCUACCCCCAUUUUCAGGGACCCUGCAAUGGACCAUGUCGGCAUUACUGGGUUUUUUUUACUUCUGCUAUAGUGGAUUCUUCCCCGUCUCCUCCUCUGCACCCCCAGGAUUAUGGUACCUCUGUUCCCUUAAUAGAACUUCCAUCAUGUCCCCUGAAGCCUGACUCGCCAGGUCAUAGUUAUGUGCUGUAGUUGGAAGGGCCCCCCCACAGACACAUGACUGGACUUCAGCUCAGAAGCUGACAAGUGUAGACUUGUAUGUGAGUGUGCACUGCUUCACUCAUUCGUAGCAUCAUCAGAGGAUAUGCUCUCCCCCAAGGAUUAAAGGAUGAACCAGCAGAACGCAGACAACCGAGUCCCUUUUCUGUUGGGUUCACAUUGGAUACUGAACCAAGUUACAACUGAAAAUUUGCCUGGGAAUUCUCUCUGCCAUGCUUGUGCCCAUUGGAUUCCAGUGCUGGGCAUUCCUUUUUCUAUACCCCCAAGCAGGGGGUUGCAUCAGGAAGCAAUAGUAAUAAAAAAGGUCACCGAUGAGGCUUUCACCUUGUUUGCUGUACUUUCUGUUAGUCACCAUAGGGAUCUAACUGAUGCCUGGACAUGAUAUUCUGGAACCCACAUGUGAAGAGCUCUCACUUAAUUUAACCCUGUCUUUGAAUCCCAUUCUAAGUGCUGUUACAAAGACUCACCCAAUAUAAUCUUACCCUCACCCUCAGGCUGCCAAAAAACCCCUUUUGGAUCUGGUUGUAACAAACAACCCUGGCUGAGAGGAACUUUUUGAAGAUUUCUCCCCCUAUUACAAGUGAGGUGUAAUCAAAGAAAUGGGUCGAGUGUCCCCGGUGCUGUUGGUAGAGCCUUUCUUCAUUUCUCUUGUCAGAGUCAUUAACCUUCAACUUCUUUUUAUUCUUUUGUGCCCCAGCCCAACCACCACCACUGAAUCAACUCAGAACAAUCAGGAAUUUGGAGGUGGCCAAGACUACCUGUAGAAGUAAUGGAAGAAUCCUACCUGAUAAUUCCUUCCCCUUCUGGGCACAAAGCCUCAUUUCAUGCCAGAAGGAAUCUGUUUCUUUGUGAUGUGCAGACUGAGAAUGUAAUUUCUAAAUAAUAUGUUUCUUUUAACCAAAUUCCUUUAUCACUUCAAUAUAGUACCUGACACAAAGCAGUAUAUAAAAA